UAAUUAGCUCUAGCGGGGUAGGAAUAAAGUAAAUAACGGUGGCCCCAAAUUAAAAUAAGAGCGUCUUCAUGCACAUAUACAGAACGGUGUCACCCGGGACGCAGCCCCUGCCAUUGGGACACUAAGAACAAGGGACCGGGACCUCAAUGCUAGGGCGAGCGGGCGGCAAGAGACCAUUCCCGGCGAGGACAAAGGCAACCUUGUUGGGGGCAGAGGGCGAGAGGAAGGGGGAGACACGGGGCGAAGAAGGACUAUCGCACUCAUGAAGCCAGCAUUGCCCGGCUAGUGACCCAGGGGAGCAGUGCGCAUGCGUCGAGCUGGACAGCUCCUGAGAGGGAAAUUUAAAAACGGUUUGGGAGCAGAUAGACAUCUCAUUACAAAGAAGAGAGCAGUGCCCAGGGAGACAAACAGAGCUGCUCACAAGCUGCAUACACCCUGCUCCUCUCACCAAAGGAUAUACCAGCCUGCUUACCAUUCUUAGGAGAUGAUAGACAGUGACAUCUCAGGAAUUAUGUCUGGAAUUAUCAGGACAACAGAACAUAACCACCCUCCAAACCAAGAUUACAGACUUACGGCUUCAGACACUUCACAACUGAGAGAAAAUGACCUUCCUAAUGACUUGCAGUCCUUGUCAUGGCUGACCUCUGUGGAUGUGCCCAGGUUACAGCAGAUGACCAACAGCCGGAUGGAGUACAGCCUUCCAUCACAGAACUCAGUCAUACAGCAGCCAGGUCAGCUGGCCAGCACAGUGCCUGGACAAAUGAUUCAUAUACCUGCCAGCUUGCAGCAAAGCAUUCUGGGUCUUAAUACCAUGAGUUCACAUGUGUCCAGUAUGAACCAGUUCAAUUUGAAUGGACAUCUGUCUCCAGGUAUUCAAUCCCAGCAGCCUUUGUAUCAACCCCAUGCUCAGCAAAUCUAUGCACUGUCUCAGGGUUCUCAGCAGUGUUCUCCUGGGACAAUGUUUAAUGGCUCCUACAGGGCACAGCCCUAUGCUCAGGCACACCUGGCGGCUCAUGCUGCACAGGAUUUGCAGCCUAAAAACUACCCUAAGCCUAUCUACUCAUACAGUUGCCUUAUUGCAAUGUCCUUAAAAAACAGCAAGACUGGCAGCCUGCCUGUGAGUGAAAUCUACAGUUUUAUGAAGGAACACUUUCCAUAUUUCAAGACAGCACCAGACGGCUGGAAAAACUCAGUCCGGCACAAUCUGUCCCUGAACAAAUGCUUUGAAAAGGUGGAGAACAAGCUGAGUGGAUCAUCCCGCAAGGGAUGUCUCUGGGCAUUAAACCCAGCUAAAAUUGACAAAAUGGAAGAGGAGAUGCAGAAGUGGAAAAGGAAGGACCUGCCAGCAAUUCGUAGGAGUAUGGCUAACCCAGAUGAACUGGAUAAACUGAUUAUGGACAGACCUGGAAACUGCAAAGCUCCAAGCAAGCUGACAGCCCCAGAAACACCAACCAUGACAAAUAUUGGGAGCAUUCCCGGAAGAGUGCCUAUUACUCAGCUUCACCCCCAGCCAGUCAUGACAUUAUCCCUACAGUCCAUACCUUUCCAUCAUCAAAUUCAGACUCAGGCAAGAAUAGCAUCAAGUUCUCCUGCCCCAGCCCAAAGUCCUCCACUCCACGUGAUGCCACAUAUGACACAGAGCCCACUGCACCAGCAUGUAAUAGGCAGAGGGUCAUCUGACUUCCUCGGCUUUACCUCAGACAUGAAUACAGAGGUGGACUCACUUGAUCCCAGCAUCAUGGAUUUUGCUUUACAAGGUAAUAUAUGGGAAGACAUGAAGGAUGAAAGUUUUAAUCUGGACACACUAGCUGCAUUCAGCAACUCUCCCAUUCAGCUAUCAGACUGUGACUUGGGGACCAUGGGUCUGACACCAGUGUCUAGCAGCAGUGACCAUUCUUUCACAGACUUCCAAGUCACCAGCCUGUACACCUCAUAUGCAAAUAUGGACAAUGUGACACCUUCCCAGUGUGUGGGAGGACAAGGCAAUAAACCGAUUGCUUUGUUAUAGGUCUACUGCAGACGGCACAGUCACCAGAAACAAAUUCACCGAAGCAGCAUUUGAACAGGUUAUAUUACCGAAUGA